AUGAUUGCUCUGCUUUGCAUGCAGAAAAAUCUCAGAUGUCCUGUGGGAAGCAAUUUCCACAGUUUCUUCAAGAGACUCUACCUAAAGAAAAGUGGAUCUAAAUCUCUAGGAACAAAAGUUAACUUGAUUCUAGCAGCUGCUGCUGGUGCAUGCACGGUCGUAUUGACACAGCCUCUGGAUACAGCAUCUUCAAAAAUGCAAACAAGUACUUUUGGGAAAUCCAAAGGACUUUGGAAAACCCUCUCGGAGAACACUUGGAGCGAGUCAUUUGACGGUCUAGGCAUUUCUCUUCUUCUUACAAUAAAUCCUUCCAUUCAGUACACAGCUUUUGAUCAAUUAAAGCAGAGAUCAUUGAAAGAUAGCAUGAGCAAAAAUAGAGAUGGCGUUUCAUCUCGAGCAGCUCUUUCUGCAUUUUCUGCUUUUGUGUUAGGUGCAGUCUCAAAAUGCAUUGCUACCUUUGUAACUUAUCCAGCAAUAAGGUGUAAGGUGAUGAUUCAGUCAGCUGAGUCAGACGAAGACGAGGAGGAUAAAGCUCAACCAAACUCCCGAAAAACAAUUUCGGGGGCAGUCCGUGCCAUUUGGAAAAAAGAAGGCGUACUCGGCUUCUUCAAAGGGUUACAAGCCCAAAUACUGAAGACCGUCCUUAGCUCAGCGUUGCUUUUGAUGGUAAAGGAGAAUAUCACAAUGACUACAUGGGUCCUAAUGAUUGCACUGAAGAGGUUUAUGAUCAUAACUAGGACCAGGUUGAAGAACUCUUGA